AUGGGCGAACAUGCUUUGCCUUGCGGAACGCGUUCGCUCUCCUUCAUCUCCUCGCCUCUUAUUUUUACAAUCCUCCCUUGGUCGCAUUCACGACAUUCCCGGCGCGAGUCCCAUUCCCACCGUCCUCCCCGCGUGUACCGCCCCGUCCUCCCCGCGUGUACCGCCCCGUCCUCCCCGCGUGUACCGCCCCGUCCUCCCCGCGUGUACCGCCCCGUCCUCCCCGCGUGUACCGCCCCGUCCUCCCCGCGUGUACCACCCCGUCCUCCCCGCGUGUACCACCCCGUCCUCCCCGCGUGUACCACCCCGUCCUCCCCAUGCCGCAAACUCCCAUCCACACACGCCCUGCCGCCUUCUCCCAUCCGUAUGCGCAUCCGUAUUUCCUACCUCAACCCCCCGCUUUCAUUCUCCCUUCCUCGUGCUCCCCCUUUCAGUCUCCUCGCCGUGCCUGUGGUUCUUCGUGGUGCUCGUUUUGAGUGGGCGACGGUAGCUCAUCACAUGGCGACCUUUGGCAUCGAGGCGCAAGAUGUAGUUCGCAUCAUCCUACAGUUCUGCAAGGAGAACGCGCUGCAGCAGACGCUACAGGCGCUGCAGGACGAGUGCCAGGUGCCGCUCAACACGGUCGACUCCCUGGAGACCUUCGCCGCUGACGUCAGUAACGGCCGCUGGGACGCCGUGCUCCCGCAGGUGGCCCAGCUGAAGCUUCCGAGAAAGAAGCUGGAGGACCUGUACGAGCAGGUGGGACCUCUGGCGGAGCUGAGUGAGACGGAGACGACCAAUUCUAUUUCCAGACAGACGCCCACCAUGCCCGACCUUGUCCCACCUCUCUCCACCGCACUGCCACCGCACUCCACCUGCCGCAUGCAGAUCAUUUUGGAGCUGGCGGAGUUGAGGGAGACGGAGACGGCCAAGUCCAUCCUCAGACAGACGCCCACCAUGCUCGCCAUGCGCCAGACACCCGCAUGCCAGUACCCUGUCUCUACUGCAACCCAUUCCACCGUGACCCCAUGUGCUUCCACUGCAACCCCACGACCCGGUUCCAACGCCCCGCCCCGUCCCCCCUCCCCCACUGGGCCGGCGCACCAGGACCAACCAGACCGCUAUCUGAAGCUGGACCAUCUGCUGGCGGGGGUAGACUAUCCCGACCAACCAGACCGCUAUCUGAAGCUGGACCAUCUGCUGGCGCGGGCAUACUUCGACCCCCGCGAGGCAUACGGGGAUUCCACCAAGGAGAGGAGACGAGCAGAGAUCGCACAUGGUGAGAGGGGCCUGAGAUGCCACUACCAUGAGACCAGCUCUGGCCUUCCUCCCCGCAGCUUCCUCACAUGCCGCUCCGCCAGCUUGUUUCCCUGCGCUUGCAUCCAAUCCUUCAUCGUCACACCAGUCUUCGCCCCCUGCCCCGAUUUCCCCCGAACAACUCUGCUGUCUUCAGCGAUGGCUGCCAACCAUUCCCUCCCAUGGGACCGCUCCUGGUACUGCCGCACUCUGUCCUCUCGCUGUCGCUCCUUCUCUGCUGCCCUCAAGACUUCUGGUGUCCGCACACCUUCUCUCUUGCCUCGCCAGUCCUCCUCGCGCCUCCACUCCCUUCCUCUUUCCGGCCUAUCGCAGGAGGUGACUGUGGUGCCCCCCUCGCGUCUCAUGGUGCUGCUAGGCCAGGCGCUCAAGUGGCAGCAGCACCAAGGUCUGCUUCCCCCCGGCACGCAGUUUGAUCUGUUCCGAGGAACAGCAGCAGUGAAGGCGGAUGAGGAUGAGGCAUACCCCACACAGCUCCUGCACACCAUCAAGUUUGGAAAGAAGAGUCAUCCCGAAUCGGCUCGCUUUGCUCCUGACGGCCAGUGCCUUGCGUCCUCCUCCAUCGAUGGAUUUAUCGAGGUAUGGGACUUCCUCUCAGGCAAGCUCAAGAAGGACCUGCAGUACCAAGCCGAGGCAACGUUCAUGAUGCAUGAGGAGGCAGUGCUGUGUGUGGGGUGGAGCCGGGACUCGGAGAUGCUGGCCUCGGGGUCACAGGACGGCAAAAUCAAGGUGUGGCGGGUGCGCACAGGGCAGUGUCUGAGGCGCUUUGACAAGGCGCACUCACAGGGAGUCACCUCGGUGGCGUUCUCUCGGGAUGGCAGUCACCUGCUCAGCGCCUCCUUUGAUGGCACCGCCAGGGUGCACGGGCUCAAGUCAGGGAAGACCCUCAAGGAGUUUCGAGGGCACACCUCUUUCGUCAACGAUGCUCUAUAUUCUGCUGAUGGUGGUCGUGUUAUCACUGCCUCCUCCGAUGGCUCUGUCAAGGUGUGGGACGUCAAGUCACUCGAGUGCUUGCACACGUUCAAGCCGCCACCACCCCUCCGAGGCGGCGACGCGUCAGUGAAUUCGGUGCUCCUCUCUCCCCGCAACGUGGACCAUGUGUUUGUGUGCAACCGCUCCUCCUCCGUGUUUCUCAUGACGCUGCAGGGCCAGGUGGUGCGGAGCUUCACAUCAGGCAAGAGGGAGGGCGGUGACUUUGUGGCGGCGUGCCUGUCCCCCAAGGGCGACUGGAUCUACUGCAUGGGCGAGGAUGCCAACAUGUACUGCUUCAGCUUUCAGAGUGGCAAGCUAGAGCAUCUCAUGAAGGUGCAUGACAAGGAUGUCAUAGGCAUCACCCACCAUCCCCAUCGCAACCUCAUUGCAACCUACAGCGAAGAUUGCACCCUCAAGCUAUGGCAGCCAUAG